AUGAAGAGUGGUGAUGGAGAAAAAACAUUGCCUAUAGCAAAUGUGGGUCGAAUAAUGAAGCAAAAUCUUCCUCCAAAUGCAAAGAUCUCAAAAGAAAGUAAAGAACUAAUGCAAGAAAGUGUGACAGAGUUUAUAAGUUUCGUGACAGGUGAAGCAUCUGAGAAGUGUCAAAAGGAGAAUCGAAAGAGCGUUAAUGGAGAUGAUAUCUGUUGGGCUUUGUGUUCUUUAGGGUUUGACAACUAUGCUGAAGCCAUUGGAAAGUUUGGUUCAGAACAAGCUUUCAACCACUACAAGAACAGAUACAUCGUGCGAGAUUACUAUUCGCUUAACGAGAUUAACUUUGCAAAAUUCAACAAAGUCAUUACCUUGAACUCGCUUAGUCAGAAUAUUGCUCACUCAACGAAUUCCAUCUGCCAUGUUUCAUCAAAUCUUAACUCCAAUGAUCUUGAUUGCUCUUUUCCUUAA